GGAAGCGGGGCACGGCAGGGGCGCCUCCAGGGCGGGCGGCCGGGGGGCGCUGCACAGGGAAGCGGGGCGCGGCGGGGGCGCCUCCAGGGCCGGCGGCAAGGGGCGCGGGCGCUGCCGGAAGCUGGGCGGGGCGCCCGCCGGGAUGCGGUGAAGGGCAGGCGGCGCGGCGGCGGCGAUGAGUGCCUCUGCGGCCACCGGGGUGUUCGUGCUGUCCCUCUCGGCCAUCCCGGUCACCUACGUCUUCGACCACCUGGCGGCCCAGCACGAUUCCUGGACGAUGGUGGGGGUUGCUGCCCUCAUCCUGCUCCUGGUAGCCCUGCUGGCUCGUGUCCUCGUCAAGAGAAAACCUCCCCGGGACCCGCUGUUCUAUGUGUAUGCGGUGUUUGGAUUUACCAGCGUGGUGAACCUCAUCAUAGGACUGGAGCAGGACGGCAUCAUCGACGGGUUUGUGACACACUACCUGAGAGAGGGUGAACCGUAUCUGAACACCGCGUAUGGGCACAUGAUCUGCUACUGGGACGGCUCUGCGCACUAUCUGAUGUACCUGGUGAUGGUGGCGGCCAUCGCGUGGGAGGAAAGUUACAGAACCAUUGGCCUGUAUUGGGUCGGGUCUAUCAUCAUGAGCAUUGUUGUUUUUGUGCCUGGAAACAUUGUAGGGAAGUACGGAACACGCAUUUGCCCUGCUUUUUUCUUAAGCAUACCAUAUACUUGUCUUCCCAUCUGGGCUGGUUUCAGAAUCUAUAAUCAGCCAUCAGAAAAUUAUAAUUAUCCCUCCAAGGUCGUGCAAGAAGUCCAAGCGAAGGACCUGCUGAGAAGACCGUUUGAUUUAAUGUUGGUCCUGGGUCUUCUCCUGGCCACUGGCUUUUGCCUGUUUAGAGGCUUGAUUGCUUUGGAUUGUCCAGCUGAGCUCUGCCGACUUUAUACACAGUUUCAGGAGCCCUACCUGAAGGAUCCUGCGGCUUAUCCUAAAAUCCAGAUGCUGGCGUAUCUGUUCUAUUCUGUCCCUUACUUUGUGAUUGCACUUUAUGGCUUAGUGGUCCCCGGCUGCUCCUGGAUGCCCGACAUAACACUGAUUCACGCUGGAGGCCUAGCUCAGUUCUUUAGAAGACACUUCUGCGUAGACAUUUUAUUUAAAUCUCACAGUAGCUGUCUGGUAGGUGUGCCGUCCACUUACAGAGAUGAGGGAACUGAGGCCCAGGGAGGCUAAAGGAUUUGUCCAAGGUCACAUGCCCGGCAGACCAAGUGGCAUGGCUGUUUUACAGUACUAUUUCCCAGUCUCUGAUCACUAUGGCUUAUACUAAAACAGAAUUGAGGGCUGUUGUCUUGAAGAUUUCAGAAUUCCACUAUACUGUGCCAUACAGAACCAGAGAGACUGGUUUUGGCACAGGUCUCCUGGGAAGCAGGGCUUGCAUCCCACCCCCGCCCUGCUGCUGGGUGGACGCUUCCUCCCGAGCUGGAGGUGGUGUCACCUGUGGAACCGUAUUAUCGUGCAAAGUCCAUUUUUUACAAGAUAACAUCUUGCAAAACAAAUCAAUCUUAUGAACAAGGAAGAAAAUUAUUAAGUAAUUUUAUGGGUUUUUCUUCUUACUGUAAAUAAAACAAAUGAACUGAUCUUUAAAAUCAUUAUCUUCAUCUUGCUCUUUUCAAGCAGGCGUAAUGUGAGGUUCGCCCAGAAGCUCUAGGCAUAUGCGGUUGAUUGUACUCAUGCUAUAGUGACUGUGACGGGAAAAGACACUGGAAUUUACAGGGUUGAAAAACAGUGACAGCAUUUCGGGUUAAUACAUUGGGCUAAUCCUUCCAGUGUGAGGUACUUCGUUAAUUAGAGAUUUAGAAUAUUACUAUCAAAACAGUUGAUGCAGCGUCCCGGAAGUAAUGGCUCCUGUCCUUUCCUUGAAGGGCUUAAGAGGGAAUAGAACUAACACUUACCUUCUUUGCAGACCUCUGAAUACUGAUUCCUAAGGCCCUGGUUUUGGGUCCUUAUUUCCAUGACUUUCAAUAUCAGCUAUAAGCUGAUGACUUCCAGUUUUCUAUCUUUAGCCCGAACUGUUCCGACUCCUAAAUUUAAUUCUAAACGCAGUCUUUCCACUUGGAUGUCUCACUAGCAUCUCAGAUUUAAUAUCUAAAAUAGGACUCUGGUCCUCCCCACUUCUCUUCCAUUUUCCCUCAUCUCUGUAAAUAGCCCUUCUUGCACCCAGCAGCUCAAGUCAAAAACUUGGAGUAAUUCUUUCCACUUCUCAUUCCCUCGCCCUCCGCACCUGGCCCAUUACUAUGUCCAGUUAGUUCUGUCUCCAGAGUAAUUCUCAAAUCUGCCCAUUUCUUUCGAGCUUGACUGCCACUACGCUAGUCUGAGCUCCCAUUCCCUUGCUACAUGGGAGGCAAGCCCUGCUGUGUUUUACUCACCUAUCUGUGAAGGACAGGCUCUGUGCUCUGCUGGAGUAGCAAAUACUCAGUGGCUUCAUGCAAUGAAGUUUCAUUUCUUGCUUGUGCAAAGAUCAUGUGGGAUAUUCUCAAGAGCCAGGCCUGGAACCAGCCCGGCUGCAAGGGAGGCUGAUGAACAUGGUCUUCCCAGGUGCCACAGGAGAAACAGCGGAUGAACACAUAGCAUUGUCUCUGCGAGUUUUUUAAAAGCCCUACUUAAGAAAGCUGAGGUGGGGGGCUGGCCCAGUGGUGCAGCAGUUAAGAGUGCACGUUCUGCUUUGGCGGCCCGGGAUUUGCCAGUUUGGAUCCCG